CGCAUCUCCUUUUGGUUUCCUACCCCUUAACUUUAGCCAUAUCUCCCGCUGUUUAUUUUGCUUGACAUUUCAUGUGGCAGCGGGGCUUCUUGUGUGACGAUCGGACAGAGGAUUGCGCUCCAUGAUUGUUGACCUGUGUCUCAAACAAAGUCUCGUUCCAUUCAGAAACGAGCCGAAGAGCCGCAGCUAGCCUAUGCUAGCCCGCUAACAGCUGCUCUGCUUUCUGGAGAAUAGCGUCGUUGUGAGGCAGCCAACCAGGCACAAAGGGCAGGUUCUAUGACCUACGACCUUCAGCUCCGAUCAGAGGAUGUAUCCGCCUUCCAGAAAGGACUUCAUCUCUCUGACGCUCAGUGACUCGCACAGUCAGACCUACAACAACGGCAAGCACAGAAGGCAGUCCUGCUGGAGAAAAUGGAAGCAGCUGUCUCGGCUCCAGCGAAGCCUCAUCCUGUUCCUGCUGGCUCUGCUGCUCAUAUUGGGACUGCUCUCCUACACCAGCAUCACAGAACAGUGGAGAGGUCUGUCUGACCGGGAGGACUGGCUGGACUUGGAUGACAGAGAGUUAAAGGCCAUUCCUCCAGGUGUGAAGCCAGUGUUGGGUCUGGCUGCAGGUAAAGUGCCAGCUCCGGUGGCAGGACCUCAUCUGCAGCCAGCUGUGGGUCCAGAUGCUGUGCCAGAACCCAAAGGACCAAAUAUCCCCAUUUUGGCUAAACCCCCAAAGAAAAAGACAUUUGUAAACAAAAGAGGUCCGCCAAGCCUACAGAAAGAUGGAAAUGUUUCAGACACGGUCGGUGGGGAAAAGCAAGAGCAAGAGGUGGUUCGGGAGGAAGAAGGCGAGGAGGAGGAAAAACAAAAGAAGAUUGUCAGCUGGAGAGGAGCAAUGAUUGAAGCUGACCAGGCAACAGAGCCUCCACCCUCAGCCAAUGAGAAAGAGGCAGCAGCACCCCCAGCAACUGGCAACCCAGCUGACAUUGUCCCACUAGAAGUUUUACCUGAAACGAGAGGAAGACUGGAGGCGGUGUGCGAUGCCUUCAAACAUGCUUGGAAAGGCUAUAAGGACUACGCCUGGGGUCACGAUGAACUCAAGCCCAUCUCCAAGUCUUUCGGUGAAUGGUUCGGACUGGGUCUGACGCUGAUUGAUGCUUUGGACACCAUGUGGAUUAUGGGCCUAAAAGAGGAAUUUGCCGAAGCAAAGAGCUGGGUAGAGAAAGAUCUGUCCUUCAACAAGAAUGUGGAUGUGAAUCUGUUUGAAACAACCAUACGCAUCCUGGGGGGGCUGCUGAGCACCUACCACCUAACAGGAGACCACCUCUUCUUGGAAAAAGCUAAAGACCUCGGGUCCAGAUUGAUGCCUGCUUUCAAAACACCUUCAAAGAUCCCCUUCUCUGAUGUCAACAUUGGGAAGGGAACGGCGCACCCUCCGAGAUGGACGUCAGACAGCACGCUCGCUGAAGUCACGAGCAUUCAGCUGGAGUUCAGGGAGCUGAGCCGCCUCUCUCAGGACCCGCAGUAUCAGGAGGCUGCAAAUGAGGUAAUGAGGCUGGUCCACAAUCUGCCCGGCAAACACGAUGGCCUUGUGCCCAUGUUCAUCAACACCAACAGCGGCCAGUUCACCCACAAAGGGGUCUUCACACUCGGUGCCCGGGCAGAUAGCUACUAUGAAUACCUGCUCAAACAGUGGAUUCAGGGAGGCAAAACAGAAGAUGAUCUGCUGAAGGACUACCUUCAGGCCAUAGAGGGAGUGAAAAAACACCUCCUGAGACAGACGGGACCCAGCAAGUUGACCUUUGUUGGAGAGUUGUCCCACAACCGCUUCAAUCCUAAGAUGGACCACCUGGUGUGUUUUCUGCCAGGAACUCUUGCUCUGGGGGCCCACAAUGGCCUCCCAGGGGAUCACAUGGAUCUGGCUGUGCAGCUGAUGGAGACCUGUCACCAGAUGUACAAACAGAUGGAGACCGGGCUGAGCCCAGAGAUCGUACACUUCAGCCUGCAGGCCAGUGAUGGGAGUGACGUUAUCGUGAAGCCUGCAGACAGACACAACCUGCUGAGACCAGAAACUGUGGAAAGUCUCUUCUAUAUGUACAGAUUCACCAAAGACACCAAGUACAGAGACUGGGGAUGGGACAUGCUGCAGAGCUUCAAUAAGUACACAAAGGUCUCUGGUGGUGGCUACACAUCCAUUAACAACGUCCGUGACCCUGAUAACCCCGGGCCCCGAGACAAGAUGGAGAGUUUCUUCCUGGGCGAGACAUUGAAGUACUUGUAUCUGCUCUUCUCUGAUGACAUGGAGCUGCUCAGUCUAGACAAGUAUGUCUUCAACACAGAAGCCCAUCCUCUCCCCAUAUGGCCCUCUCCUCCUAAGUGAAUACACUGGAGACAUCAGUGGAAAUCAGGCCCACGGAGUCAGGUGCAUCUCUAAGCAUCCGUCCCAGCUGGACUGCUGCGUGAAAGCAGAUCCGUGCUGUCCACCUGAUAUGUAAAGGAGUUUAAUUUGUUUUCGUGGUUCUGUUUUUUUGUUUUUGUUUUUUUUCCUAAGGAAAAGGUUUUGUGACAGAGCUGGUCUCUAAUGUAAAAAAUACUUUUUAAAAAUCAGAGUAAGCUAACGGGAACACUUUCCUUUAGUUCUUGGGUGACUUGGAUACUUCUUGUUUGUGUCCCGUUUCUGCCAUGUCAGUUUACAAACUCUCAUUAGCCCUACAUGUCGAGGUGUGCUGGCUGUGUGUAGGUGUCGGCUAAUUCACCAUGUCGGUUCUCAUGCUUCAAGGGCACUGAUUGAAAUGGAUGAAGCACGUUCAGCUGAGUUUAUAUUUAAAUUGUCAGCUCUAGUGUAUGAGCGUGGUACAUUGGCACUCACUCACAUAUAAAAAUGACAGAAGUCAAAAACCCCUCAGGAUUUUGUUACUCUGUGUGACCCUGUUCCCCUGUGUGUGGGAGCUAUGGGCUACUGCAGCGCAGCACACAGGGGACCGAUUCCAGGUCACAAAUCAGUGCCUAACCACAGAAGAAAGGCAGAGUUUUCUUAAUACUGAACAUUUAAGUUUUUGAUUCUUAAAAACAAGACUUCAAUUCCAGCUUUCAGCUGUCGAGCGCCGUUACUUUUGCUGUUGUUCACCUGAUUUAAGUUGUUCCCUUCAGUUUUACGCUUCUAGCAGUGCUUUAUAUGACACUGCAAAAUAGAAAAGUUAAAUGAGUUAAAGCUUCCUGAACAGUCAUACCUCUGGGUUGUUGUUUACUGAUCUUUACAUUUUGUGUAGCAUUAGAGCACUCGUAGUUCUGUAGGUCGUGCCAUGUGUCACCGUGGCCAUACGGCUCAAAUGACGUAACAAGUCCUGAUUAAUUUUUGAUACUAGAAGGUUUGCAGUUUUUAUUUGUAGUCCGUGUUCUUUUGGCCUACACGUUUGAUCAGGAAUUGGUUGCAUGCAGGUAAACUGCCUGCAGGGAGAACAAAUGAGGGGGCCCUUUUUGCUAAAAUCCAACACUGUAACCACCAUUCAUUUUAGCUUUUUGUUUGCUUUUUUUAAAUGUCUUUGCAAUGAGCUGAGGAGGGAGUCUUGGCCUAGAUGUCUACUGGCUACUGUGAAAACACCCCCAAACUUCUACUGCCCUCCAAAGGCUAUGUCAGUAGACAAGCUAGUGGGCUCUAAGAUUGCACAGAUAAUGAAAGUUUGUAGACGUUUAUCCUGAAUUAUUUUUUAAUCAUCUUUUGCAUUUUUGUUAUAGAGGAGCGUUGGUCAGUAAGCACAACACUUACUGUAUGUUUAGGCACUUUAUGUUUUAAGGUGAAGAUGCUAAUCUGUUUGAAGGAGAACCCCAAUAAUGUUACGAUCCCCUAUAAGUAAGCGCUUGGCCACAGGGGGGAGGAAGAACUCCCUUUUAUUGAGAAGGGAUCUCCGGCACAACCCGACUCAGGGAGGUGCAGCGAUCUGCUGCGACUGGUUCGUGGGUGAGUGGAAAUAGAAGUCAGAAAAGAGGAGCAUUUACACACUUUCAGUAAUUUUGAUUUUUGAGACUCGAGUCGUGGUUUUGAGUAAAAUUGCACUUUCAGUGUUUACAAAUUUAUUAGGCCACCUGUUACUAAAAACACAAAAAAAACACAAAUAUUUUAUAAAUCUGUCAGAAUCCUGUUUAAAACUAAAAAUUACUGAACUCACAUUUUUAUACCCAAAUUUGAGCCGGCAUACUGGACUUCUUUGAGAAGUCAAAAGUUAAUCAAGCAUAAACAUUAACAAACAUUAAAUAAACGAUUUAUUACAUCGGGUCGUGGUCUAAUAAAUUUGUUAAGCACUGUAUAUUUUAUAAAGGGAAAUCUCUAAGGUUGCCAUACAGUGUAAGCUGGCAGUUGCUUUAGGUUUACAGCAAACCUACUCACAUUAUCAUUUCCAGUGUCAGAGACAAUAUCCAGUAUUUGGAUCCAAUAUCAUUUUUGUCUAUAAAUUAGAUAUGAAAACAAGGAGGUCGUGUUACAUUCAAGGUCUAGGCCACUGGGCUUCCCUAAAAUCAGAUGCUGUUUCUGAACAGAUGGAGUACCACACUCCUAGUGUUGCUUGACUGGUGAGUUUCUAAUGUGGCAAAUCUGUGUUAUAAGAGCAAACAGACAUUCCCUCCGUUACUGUGGUGGCACCUCACCUGUAACCUCUGCAAACAGCGCUGUAUCAGAUGAUCAGGAGCUCAUUGGUUGGUUGUUUUUAUCAAGAUAUGUGUUCCCUUUUACUUCUGUUCUAUUAUCAGCUACUCCAACAGGAAUGCAACAAAGUAAAAGCCACUCUAUCAGAUAUACUUACUGUUUUUCCUUGACUAAAUAUCUUGUAAAUCCCCAUGUUUCAAUGGCAUUCUGAGCUUUGUGUGGACCAGGGGAAAAAAAAAAGGCAUUAAUCUGCCUGUAUUUGGACCACCUCCCCCUAGCUCAGUGCUGUGUUGGCUGAAGUUGCAGGGUAAGAGUUUGAGUGUUUAAUUAACAAAUUUGUGCUCGGUUCAGUAGGUUAAUAACACAUUUCACUCAACCCUGACUGUGGAGAUGAGUCAAAAGUGCUUAAUUCGGGAUAUUUGUUCACAAAGCCAAUGUCAGAGCCAGCUAUGCUGACCGCCUUUAGAGGCAACACUGGCUGAAACUGACCCCGAUCAAUCUGCUUUCAUGGGCAGUGUGAAUGUGUUCAGUUCUGCUACCACAGUAAUGGCAGAGGCACUUGUAAGGACCAUGUAAAUUGGCAGCUUGAUACAUUUAUAGAAAGUCUUUAAGAGUCAGAGUUUCUGAAGCCCGUCCUGCAAUGUCACAGAGGAAUGACGUCCUAGCGUCUCGCGAUGUCUUCCCUUGGAAUCCGUCACAUAUCCAAGAAUUAUGGUGGUAAUGGACGGUGAACUCAGAAGCUUCCAGGGGGAAAACAAAAUUACUUUGAUCACUUUCAAGCUUGACAAUAAAGAGGGCGACACUAUGAGGGAUGGUCCAUAUACACACACACGUGGGUUUCACAUAUUAUUGCAUUUCAUAGCUCAGGGACUCUUUUCCAACAGAAGGCGUGUAAGAUGACUUAUCCCUCAAAAAAAAAAAGAGAUUGAAAAUAAGUGGUGGAUGUGAUCUGUCAUUAUGGUUUUUUUGGGCUAAUACAACACAUACUGUAGCUGGUCAGAAGGAUUUCUUUUUUUUUUUUUAAUGAACUUGUCCAGCCAAAGGACCAAUGAGCUUAUGUGAUGGCACAGCAUCUUCCAUCCAUCCGUCUACAAGUCACAAGAAUCGCUACUCCUCUUAGCAUUGGCCAGAUUUUAGUGGAACUAGAUUAAUUUGACCUGGAUAUGAUUGUUUGUGAGCCUCCUUGACUUCUUAACGGAUUUUCAUUCUCAUUAGUUUGCUCAAUACCAGCCAACCAAUGAAAACAAAACUUAUAACUUUCUUUCUGUACUGCAAACAUUAAAAUGAUAUGAAUUGUGAUUGUAUUCAAGUUUUUUUUUUUUGUUUUUUUUUAAAGAUUUAGUUUGAUAAUUGGUGAUUGAUUUGGUUGCUGUUUUGUGAUCAUGAGAUACCUGUCAAAUGUUGAUUAUAGGGCUGAGUAGGAUGCCUUGUUUUCUUUAUGGUACUAAUGGGGGAAAAAAAUUUUGUAGACCAAUGCAGUGCACUGUAAGCGCUGCUUUGAAUAUGGUUGAUCCCAGACUGCUUCUGUUCUGUAUCUGUUUUCAAAUGGGAUUAAGUCAUGUUCUGCUUUUAAAGUGGACCUAUUACGCUUUUCCAUAUUUUCUACUGUCACAGUUAGCGCACGACCGAUAUUUCGGUCUUAUCAAUGUAUCAGUCAGUCUGGACCAAUAUCACAACCGAUAUUAGCUAUUUGCUGAUUAUGUUGGUAUCGACAUUUAUAAUGACAGCAGAUAAAAAUGUAAAAAGUAGAUAAUUGGAGAAACACCCUUCAACCUUGUGUGUUGAGUUUGCAUAGUUUGCCCACCAGGGGGCAAUCUGCAACUUCCCUGUUGGCAGCAUGUUUGGAAUGCCACAAACACAACAACCAGCUGAUCCAAGUCAGAUGAUCGGAGUCAGGCAGACUUGUGACAAAAAAAAAUAAAUAAAUAAAUAAAUAAAAAAACAAGUCUGUCUUUAAACUUCAUACGUCCGUCCAGACCCGUCGCUAUGGGCGGGCCCUAGGGGGCCGGGCCCGCCCACUGAUACGCUUGGGCCCGCCCACCCAAGCCAGAUCACUAAUCAAGCUAAUAAUAGUGGUGCCCCCCCGUUGGAUUUCAUAAGCCCCCCUUAAGACUGAGAUCUGGUGACAGGACUGCAUCCGUCCAUUUAUUUUCUACCUCUUAUCUGAGUCCAGGUCACCUGGGCAGCAGCCUAAACAGAGAAGCCCAGACCUCCCUCUCCCCCAGCCAUCUGCUCCAGUAUAUACAGGGCUAUAUUUAAACUGCAUUUCCAUAUUAUCUUAGUGAGGACUGAUACAUAACUGUGCAUAACAAAUGUUAAGAAAAUCUGUGUAUGUUUCAUGUGUCUGAAAGGGAAAAAAAAAAAUCUGAUUUUUAAAUCACCAAAUAUUGGUAUCGGUAUCAGUCUUAAAAGUCCUAUAUUGGUUGGGCUCUACUCACAGUGGUUCAUAUUAAAAAUGGCCAAAGUUUCAAAUGAUGAGGGCUGCAUAUGUGGACAAAAAGCUCAGGCACUGGGCUGCUCUUAAUGCUCAGUUUCAGAUAGAUGUUACUAAUCAUGGAUCUGUAUGAUGACAGUAAGAGGUAGCUACCUUGGUUAUAGUCAUCGCAUACACAAAGCUAUGCCUGUGAGCACUUCUAUGUUUGCAUGUGACAUCUAAUCAGAUGACACUGGAAGGAAAGAAGUUGAAAAACCUGUUUCAGACAGAGGAUGAUUUGAGGGGUAGCACCAAAGUCCAGUAUUAGAUAAAUAAGGAUUAUUUUUAGCUGUGAAUAAUGCAAAGGUACUCUAGUAAAGUCCAAGAAUAAAUAUACGGCGCUGGAAAUUAGCAUAAUGGGUCCACUCUAACCUCAUGUUAAUAAACUUUGUCCUCCAGAGAGCCAUACUGACCCACAUCUCUGAAUGUACACUACAUUUGCCACUGCUCUGCUGUGCCUGUUUGGAUGUAUAUUGUGCUUUGGUGGUUUUGUUUGUUUUUGCGGGACUGCUGCUGCAUCAGCGGUGUUUAUUUUUGAGUGGAAAUUUGAGCACCGAAAAAUUAGAUUUUGGGCUUGUAUUUUUAAUCUGGGUGGGUGGGUGGUUGACAAAAAAUAUGGUGUAAAUAUUUUGUGUAAAUUGUUUCUUACCGAAUUAAAUCUGUGUCCUGAUUACUGAGCCUUUCCUCGUCUUAAUAUUCUGUGCCAUCGUGUCAAAAAUCCAAGUUUGAAGAUGCUCGCGUUUUGUGCUUUUCACCUGGUCUUUCAAGGCGCUCCCGCUGUCGCACCAGUUUGUCAACAGUUGUUGAGAGAUUCAGUGUGAACCAACACGUUUGAAUGACUGGUAGACAAGCAUUACCAUCAUGGAGCCUUUCUCCAUUUUUUUUGACUCCUAUAUAAUCUGUGUUUUUUACAACAUAUAAAGUAUAAGGAGUUUUGCAGGAGUUAAAUCCUGUAAGCAGCUGGCUUUAAUAGAAGUUUAACAUUCACUGAGACUGAUGUUUGAUGACUGAGGACCCCCCCACUCUCCCUGCACAGCAUGGGGACAUAAUUACAUCUGCUAACAUCUGUUCUACUGCAUAUAAUGUCUCAUUCAGUUUUCUAUGGUUUAUAAUUCAAUUCUUAAUUCCUGCUGCAUAAGAAUUGGUAGGAAAAAUAGAAAUUAAUUCCAGAGCUGUCUUGAGGUGUCUAAAGACAUGCAUUUAACCUUGUGUGUUAAUUAUGCAAUGCUUCAACCACACUGACUUGUAUGAGAAGUGUUGUGGUGUCACCAUAGACGGUCUAAAAGUGAAGCCAAAAAUGGAAGCACUUUAUACCUGCAUUAUUUUUAAUGGAUACCAGAAGGCGACGUGUGUAGUUGCAUAAAAACUUCUGGUCCUUGUUGAAGUCUUAUAGAAAACCUGUCAGACUUGACCUCUGUAAACACUUUUCUGGUGGGUUUAUGGAGUCAGUCACUCAUUUUGAGUGAUAUCGAGUAAAAUGUUAAGUACAUUUUGGUCAUUCUAAGAUUCAAAAGGGAGGAUUAUCCAGGAAAUGCUGACUGGCUAAUGAUUUGUGAUUGGCAAGUCAAACGCUCUUCUUGUGGAUGACUUCGCAUUAGCUAUGUCCAUCUUUUGUACAGUCUGUGGGUGGUACAAUAAACACUGGUCUUAAAUGUUUGCUGAGGCUUUAAAAUAAAAAAAACAAACCUGAGAUACUUUUUAUUCAAAUUUAUAUCAGGAAGAGGCAUGACUUGGUUGGAAAUCCCAGUAAAAGCUUUAAUUACUACUGAUAUUAUGGUACAUUUACUUGCUGAUAACAGUGUAUGUGCUGAACAGCUGACACCUUCAUGGCACCUCAAAACUGCUGGGAUCGGAGCUGGUUGUGGAUUGGGCUAAAACAAGAAAUUUGGGCAGGAUUCAGAUUCAGCCCUUAGUUAUGUUCCUAUAACUGCCUUCCCACCAGCUUCAGAUAUGUGACGUUCAGUUUUAAAAGCUGCUGAAAGGUAAAACCCAACAGUCAAAACGACCCCCGAUGAGCACGCACUCAGUGACAGUGGGAAGGAAAAACUCCCUUUUAACAGGAAGAAACUGGCAGAACCAGGCUCAGGGAGGGGCAGCGAGAGAGAGAGGGGCUUCAAUCACACAGGCCCACAGACUAGUUGGAGGAUGCUGCAAGACACUGGGUAAAAUUGGUUAUUGUAACACCUGGUGUGAAAAUAUACUAAUAAUUAAAAGAAAGUUAUAUCUGUGGGGGUAUCAGUCUUUACCAGUUCAUGAAAGUAAAUUUGGUGUGGGAAAAAAAACCCAUCAUAGAACAUAGACUCCAAUACAUUCAGUAUGCUGCCUCAUACCUAACAAUUUUGGGACUUUUACAUUGAUAAAUACUUGAUUUAUGAACAACAUCUCUCUUUGCCAAAAAGGCAGUCUUUAAAUCAUACAUUCAUAAUUUAAAUCGAUGUUGGUAACAGAACAGUUAAGACCAGAAAGCCACCUCGCAAUUCAUAUUGUAAUUAUUUUUUCUGCCUAAUUGUACAAAAAAAAAAAAGUUUUGUAAAGCUAUUUUUUUUUUUAUGAAAUUGCAUAUAUGGUGAAAUCGAUUAUGGAAAAGUUGUAUUGCAAAAUCUUGUCUGUUUUUUUGUUGUUGUUGUUGUUGUUUGGAAGCAGUGGUUGGAUUUAAUGUACAGUAUUUGUAAAACUGUCUUUUAAUCGCCGAUUGCCAGAGUACAACACUUGUGAUUGUCUAUUAUAUUUUACAUGAAGUGUGGCUAAUAAAACCUCAGCGCUGUCUGUCGUUUCCUGCCUGCAGAGGCUUCUGCUUCACUGACUGUUGCGCUGUGUUGGGAACCUAAGACGCGGAUCAAUUUUGUUUUUGCGGUUUCAGUCGACUGAUUGAGCCUCAUGAGAAAAAAACGAUCCCUUCACUGUGACAGAGCCUGUAAGUUCAUAACCCAUCUGUAUGUUUUGAAGAGAUGCUGACAUGUAUUUAUUUUACACUUCCUUAUUAAUUUUUAGAGCUGAUAAUGUUUUGGCACUUUCUCAGUUUGUUUGUUGCUUUUCACGGAGCUUUUUUUUCCCCCUUUUCUCAAAUCUGCAUCUACAGGUUGACUGAUUUAGCACUUUGUAACUUAGGUUGUGGCGUAUUGAAAUGUUCACUGAAGUCAGACAUUU